CCGACUGACCUCGGUAUUCCAGACAAUGGCAGCCAACACCUCGCUCAGCAGCAUGAUUCGCGCGGUAGGAUCAAAGAGAGGAUUUUAUACGAGCAUUUUAAGUAGCAGAGCCGUCAGACCAGCCGCGUCCUUCAACUUGUCUACGUCUACGUGUCGCCUAUUCUCUGCGGCAGCGCCGACCAACUUCGCCGCGAGCCCGCGCCGGUCGUCGAUAGUCAGUCUGUCGACGGUGCUGAUAGCAGCGGCAUCGCUUGCAGCAGGCGCGGCAGCCGGGUUCCGGUUUUCGCCGCUUGAGCUGUACACAGGCCGAUCUGCGCCGCUGCCGGCGGCCGGCAGUCCCGAGGAAGCCGCGUUCAUCGCUGCGAUCGAGAAGGAGCUGCAGAGUUCGCGCGUGGUGCAGAAGAUGCGGGCGACGGAAGGGUAUGUUGAGCGGCGGAUGUGGGCUGAUGUGCCUCAGAAGUAUCUCGAUUCCGGGUUUUUGUCGGGCUCGUUGCGCGGGCCGGGGAAGUUUGCGGUGCCUGGGAUUGUGUUUGUGAACGAGGAGGAGAAGAAGGUUGUUUCCGUCAUUCACUGCGGACGGAAGGUGUGUGGGUUUCCGAGGAUUGUGCACGGUGGAGUGAUUGCCUCUUUGUUGGACGAGUGCCUGGCUCGAGCAGCGAUUCUUCCACUUCCGGCUCACACGGCCGUGACUGCAAACUUGACGGUCAACUACCGGCGCCCUACGCAGGCCGAUCAGGUCAUUUCGAUCGAGACCGAGGUCACCGAGAACACUGAUCGCAAGUCGCUGGUGUCUGGUGUCGUUAAAUCGGCACAUGGAGAGAAACUGGCAGAGGCCACGGCGGUGUUUGUAGUGCCGAAGCAUUACAAGCUGCAGAGUUUAGCCAGCAUGUAAUCGUCAUUUGUGGUUGAUUAUAUAUAGGACGAAUAAGAAAAAUAG